UUGGGACUCGAAACGGAGUUGAAAUUGGGGCUUCCCGGCGGCGGUUGCGAGGUGGAGAAGAGUGAGAAGAAAAGGGGGUUUUCGGAUAUCUCGAGCGGCGGCGGCGGAGAGGAGAGGGAUGCGGCGGCGGAGAGUAAGGAUCGGGUGGUGGGGUGGCCGCCGGUGGCGGCUUACCGGAGGAAGAACGGGUUUGGCCGUGGUAAGAUGUACGUGAAGGUUAGCAUGGACGGCGCACCGUAUCUGCGCAAGAUAGACUUGGGCAGUCACAAGUGCUACUCUGACCUUGCGGCGGCUCUGGAAGAGCUGUUUGGCUGUGAGGACAAUUGUGAGUACACUCCCAUUUACGAGGACAAAGAUGGCGACUGGAUGCUACUUGGAGAUGUUCCUUGGGUGAUGUUCAUAGAGUCAUGCAGAAGGCUGCGGAUAAUGAAGAAAUCAGAUGCUAAGGUUAUUGGGCUUCAGGCCCAAGACCUUCUUAAAGGGCUUGCCAAGGAAGAUCUCAAAUCAUCCAAAUCUCUCCACUCGUCAACCUUAGCAAGGGAAAAGCUAAUGUCGCCGGAAAACCUAAUUAAUUCGCCGGAUUCAGAAUAUCACGGCGGCCUGAAGACGGACCUCAGCUUGGCUCCGCCGGGCUACGCCGCCGCACAGGCGCCGAGGCCUCCGGCCAAACGCGGUUAUCCCGAGACCAUCGAUCUGGAUCUGGGUACGACCGCCGAGGUUGAAGCUAGUGUUGUUGCACAAAAAUCCACUUCCAAGGCUCAGGUUGUGGGAUGGCCACCGGUGAGAUCAUAUAGAAAGAACAUAAUGAAAGUUUGCAAAUUUGUGAAGGUGGCUGUGGAUGGAGCUCCAUAUCUUAGAAAAAUCGAUCUCGAAAACUGCACUGGCUACAAGGACUUAUUAGCUGCUUUUGAGGAUAUGUUUGUGUGCCUAACCACACGCGAUGUAAUGAACGAGAAGACGAUCAUGGAGUGUGCAAAUGGUGCACAAUAUGUGCCGACCUAUGAGGACAGAGAUGGGGAUUGGAUGUUAGUUGGAGAUGUUCCUUGGAAGUGAGUUUCCUGUUUUGCCCCUUAUAAUCUUGGAUUUUGUCAUUAUGAGUUCCUUUCAGCCGGAAUGCAUGUGUAGAAGUAACUGAAAAUCAGAACUCGAUAUAUAGUAUCGAGUAAAUUGGUAAAGGCACGAGUCGGAUAAGCUAAAAGUAGGGGGCUUGUGAAUAAAUUGCAGAAAUGCUUUAUUUGUUUGAAAAAUGUGCGACAGAGUAGCAAAAUCAGUUAUCUUUGAGAUUUGGUUCUUUCCUUAUGUUUUUAUCUAAAGGCUAAAGUUAG